AUGCCACGGUGGCACUGGCAAUGGCGGUGGAGAAAACUGCUGACUACAGAUCUCGAAACCAACAAGACGAGCGUGAUUGGCUACUCCAUCGAUAUCUUCGAAGCCGUCGUCCAAACGCUGCCGUAUGCGCUUCCCUUCGAGUACGUGCCUUAUGCGAAACCUAACGGGGAGAGCGCCGAUCUAAUUACCAUUUGUUUGUUGCGUGCAUGGGAGCAGAACUUUGAAUCCAUGAUCGCUGAUACCACCAUCAUCGCCAACAGGUCAAAUUACGUUGACUUCACGUUGCCAUACACAGAAUCCGGAGUGUCGAUGUUGGUGCCGGUGAAACCGAACGGAAGCAAGAACGCAUGGUCGUUCUUGAAACCGUUGACGUGGGAUCUAUGGGUGACGACGUUCUUGUUCUUCCUCUUUAUUGGGUUCGUGGUGUGGGCAUUGGAGCACAGGAUCAGUAAGGACUUCAGAGGCCCGCCUUCACAUCAAGUUGGGACCAGCCUCUGGUUCUCCUUCUCCACCAUGGUCUUCGCUCACAGAGAAAACGUGGUGAGCAACCUAGCGAGAACAGUGGUGAUAAUAUGGUGCCUCGUGGUGCUGAUCAUAACGCAGAGUUACACGGCGAGCUUCACGAGCCUGCUAACGGUGCAACGACUGCAACCCACGGCGGCAGACAUGAACGAGCUGCUGAGGAAGGGAGAUUUUGUUGGCUACCAGGAUGUCUCGUUUGUGUUCGGCCUACUGAAACGGUUAGGGUUCCGAGAUGACAGGCUUGUGCCAUAUAAAAACUCAGAGCAUUGUAAUAGUCUCUUCAACCAAGGGAAGAUCGUUGCGGCGUUCGAUGAAGUGCCCUACAUCAAACUCUUCUUGGCUAAGCACUGCUCCAAGUACAUGAUGACCGACCCCACUUAUAAAGCCGACGGCUUUGGCUUUGUGUUCCCGAAAGGUUCUCCGCUUGUUGUAGACAUAUCUAGGGCCAUCCUGAACGUAACUGAGGGAGACAAGAUGACGAAAAUCGAAGAAGCAUGGUUUGGCAAGAAAGACAGGUGCCCGGAAUCUACUACUUCUACUGUUUCUUCAGGGGGACAACUCGGGCUAAACAGCUUCUGGAGCCUAUUUAUGAUAGCUGGAGUGGCUGCAGUUUUAGCGCUCUGCAUUUUCACUGUCCAGUUUGUUUACGAAUAUAGGAAGCUGAUGUCGCCCCAAGUAGAUGACGAUUCGCAAUCAAAGCCUUCAUUUUGGGGAAGGCUUCUGAAUCUGUUGAAGACCUUCGACAAUAAGGACCUCGAAUGUCACACUUUCAGGGGUGACAGAGUUGGUGACCAGAACGAAGUUCGUCUAGCCAGUUUGAAUGUGAUGAGCCCUUCUGUGUAUUCGGUUCAUACAGAGUUUCCCGUGGAUUCAACCCAAACGCUUUCUCCGUCAAUGGGAUCUUCGUCAGAGUUGCAUGACAACACAAUUGCUCAGGAAGUUGCAAUAAUAAGCAUUGAUUUGCAUCCAGAUUCCGACGGAGAAGGACUCGUUGCUACUGCUAAUGAUGAAAUUACGAGACAUUAGGAGAUCAUGAAAUGUGGUUUAGUGUCAAAACUAUUCUUGUAAAACAUGAAUGCAUGUAACAAAGUGGUUAGCGUUCAUACAUGAGUCUCGAUAACUCGUAUUCAAAUAAAAUGGU